GUUGCGCCGGCGGCUGCGUGGUGUCGUUCCCUCCGCGCCAGUUCGCCCGGGCGGGCGCGGCGGCGACGGCAGCGGCGGCGCGGGGACGGCGUCAUGCGGCGCUACCUGCGCGUCGUGGUGCUGUGCCUGGCCUGUGGCUUCUGCUCGCUCCUUUACGCCUUCAGCCAGCUCGCCGUGUCCUUGGAGGAAGGAGCGGGCGGCGGUGGCGGGAAGCCGCAGGCCGCAGCGGCUUCCUGGCUCGCGGGCGGCGGACGCGGCGCCGGGAGAGGGGCGGGCAGCGCGGGCCCCGCGGCGCAUCCCGGCCGGUCUGACAGGUGUAAAGAUUUCUCUCUGUGUUACUGGAAUCCCUAUUGGAUGCUGCCCUCUGAUGUUUGUGGAAUGAACUGCUUUUGGGAAGCGGCUUUUAGGUAUAGUCUGAAAAUGCAGCCCGUUGAGGAAGUGCACCUAGCCGUAGUUGCCUGUGGGGAAAGACUGGAAGAAACUCUAACCAUGUUGAAGUCAGCACUUAUCUUCAGCAUCAAACCUCUUCAGUUCCAUAUUUUUGCUGAAGAUCAACUGCAUGAUAGUUUUAAAGGCAUACUUAACAGCUGGUCAUUUCUCCAAACAUUUAAUUAUUCAUUAUACCCGAUAACUUUUCCAAGUGAGAAUGCAGCAGAAUGGAAAAAGCUCUUUAAACCGUGUGCUUCCCAGAGAUUGUUCUUGCCAUUAAUCCUGAAAGAAGUUGACUCACUAUUGUAUGUCGACACUGAUAUCCUUUUUUUACGGCCCAUUGAUGAUAUUUGGUCUUUACUAAAGAAAUUUAAUUCCACACAAAUUGCUGCAAUGGCACCAGAACAUGAAGAGCCUCGAAUAGGCUGGUAUAAUCGCUUUGCCAGACAUCCAUACUAUGGAAAAACUGGAGUGAACUCUGGAGUUAUGUUGAUGAACAUGACCAGAAUGAGAAGGAAGUAUUUCAAGAAUGAUAUGACCUCUGUGCGACUACGAUGGGGAGAUAUACUUAUGCCAUUGCUUAAAAAAUACAAACUGAACAUCACAUGGGGUGAUCAAGAUCUGUUGAAUAUCAUAUUUUUUCAUAAUCCAGAAAGCCUUUUUGUUUUUCCGUGUCAAUGGAAUUAUCGACCAGAUCAUUGCAUAUAUGGAAGCAAUUGCCAAGAAGCCGAAGAAGAAGGAAUCUUUAUUCUUCAUGGGAACAGAGGUGUUUACCAUGAUGAUAAGCAACCAGCGUUUAGAGCUAUUUAUGAAGCACUGAGAAAUUGUUCUUUUGAAGAUGACAACAUCCAUUCUUUAUUAAAGCCUUUAGAACUGGAACUACAAAAGACAGUGCAUACAUACUGUGGAAAAAUUUACAAAAUAUUUAUCAAACAGCUGACGAAAAGCAUACAAGAUCGUUAUGAUAGACCACCAAAGGAAAGGUGAUUCUUGGUGACCGCUAAAUCAAAUGAAUUAAAACAAGAAAAUAUCAGAGGAUGUGUGUGAAGGAAUAGUCUUAGAUGAAGUGUUCAGGAAAGAAUUAUUCAUCUUCAGAAUAAUUUUUUUCCCGAAGAAGUUUAAUGAGCAGUAUUUUCAUGUAAUGAAGAAUAAGUUGAAGUCUUGGACCCCAACAAGAAGAUAUUUUUGAUUUCUGAUGUUUUGUAAUGCUAUUUGCUAUCAUUCUAGUAUUGAUGAAGAUAUUAUUGAAUGGUUAUAGCCUACAGACUUUGUUUGACUCUUACUCUCAAGUGGGUAAGAGCAGUAGGGAUGUAUGGUUGGAGAAAAAUGUACCUCAUACACAGUGGAAACACUCAAACUGUGAGUAUAGCAAUAAUUUUAUGUCAGCACUAACCUCACUUUAAACGUGUGAGAAAAGAAAGUUGUUUACAGGAGCAGAAAAUGUUCUGUUUCUAAAGAAAUGGGAUGUAACUGAUGUCACUAUCGACAAUCUGUGUGUGCCUUUAUACAUUUCAUCUCUGUUUUAAAAUAUUUUUGUGACAAUCAUGCUUAAAAUUAUUUUUAGUUUAUAAGUAAACUGCACAUUUAAAAUUGAGAGGGAAAACUGAAAGUUUUGAUUAUUAGUCUCUGUGUGUAUUUGUGAAACGUAGAAUUUUCAUUUGUAUGUGCUUAACUGUCUUGCCAAAAGUCAUAUCUAAGAUUAUUAGGUAUUUUAGGAAAUUUUUUAUCACUUUAAAUGAAAAUUUUCAGCUUUACUGGGCAUUCUGGACACAAUAAAUAUACUGAUAAUAAAAUGAGAACCUAACGAGUAUACUUAUAUGAUGGUGGAAAAUGUGAUGGACCAAAAUGCAUAAGCUAUGUACUUCCUGUGAGCAGUCAUUAUAGUUACAGUGGAGCAGAAAAAAAGUGGUCCACUUAAACCUUUUUCCUUCUACCUCAAAAUGGCUUUGCAAGAUAUUUUUGAAGAAGCAAAUAUACGUAUAGAGCCUGACUUUAAGUUAGACAACUUUCAUGGAUGAUUGGCUUCAGAAGAUUGUCACAUCUGAUUAUAGAAAAACUAGUUUUGAUUUGGUUUGAUGUGCAUGUCCUCCUUCUUUGAAUAUCACUUAAGACAGUUAUUUUUUUUUUAUCUUGGCAAUAAGAAAAUAUUACUUCUCUUAGUGUUUUUGACCUGUCUUCUAUAGCUGUAGAUUCUGAGUACUUAGCAUGUACUGUGCUGGGGCACACGUCUCAUUUUACCAAGUACUGUAUGGUUAACUUCUUUUUCUCCUUUUGACAUUUUAACGCUUAAAUAGAGAAGAGAAAAUCAUGAAGGAAGACUAUCACCUUUGUGAAAAUAGUGGUGAUUGGGUUUAUGAAGACACAGUGCCCUCUGUGGAGACGUGGAAGACGGUCCUCGGUCUUUGCAGUUCAGUCAGGGACAAAUUGGGAGAGGAAGGUGUUAAGAAAGGCAGAUUAGAAGCUGAUGGCCAGCCCAGCACUCUUGGACAGAAGCGUUCAGAGAGCACAGUCUGUGUGUCCCUGGCAGAGCACCGUGGUGACUGUGAGAACUUGUGAACUUGUUGAAGUUGAUUUGCUAAAUAAAAAAUGAGGUCCCUAGAAUUUUGAAGUUUGGAGGGUAUAGGAUCAUUUUUAAUGGUCCCCAGGUGAGACCAUUGGCGGCCUGGCUACAUUAGACUCUUGUGGGGACCUUGCUGAGAAUGGAUUCCUCACCUUUGGUGACUCUGGUCCCCCAUGUCUAGAUGGGUCUGCACAUUACACAGAAGUAGAGAGAAUAGUACAGUGGGACCCCUCAUCCAGAUCAGACACGUCAGUAUCUUACCACAUUUGUGUCAUCUGUCCCUUUUUCCUUUGCUGAAGUAUCUUAAAGAAAAUGCCAGGCAUCAUGUUAUUUCACCUCUGUGAACACUUCGGUAACUACAGUGACAUCAUAUCUCCUUUGGCUUCGGUUAAUAUCCAGUUCUUAGGCAGAUUUCCCUUACUGACUACAAUGUUAGAAUCAGAGUGCAAAAAUAAGUCACAUUAUGAUUCUAUUUUUAAUAAGCACCUCAGAUGAUUUUGGUGUCAGUCUGGGAACCCCUGGAAAUCAUUUUGCCAACUUGAAGGUUGAAGUUAGGACCACAAUUCUCGGCACAGUUGGUGGAUUAUAAAUGUGAUUCUGAAACAUUAGCGGAAGUACUUGGGGCUAUUGACACGAUACAAAUUUAUAUUAGGAAGUUGCUUAGAUUUAAUUUCCUUAGUGAACAGAGACUCUUAGCCCCAUAGGCUCUAGUAUGAUUGGGACUGGGUAGAGUGUGGUCAUAGUUUAACUGGACUGUGUGCUGUGGUCUCACGCCUGUUGUACCUAUUUACACGGUUACACACUCUACAUUGUGGAUCAGUUGGAAGGUUCUUCAUGUGGUUUAUUCAGACCUGACCUAAUUGAGCGUUUUACCAUAAAUUGGUUUAUGGCGAAAACUCUCCACUUAGGGACUGUGUUUACCUGAAAGUUAGGGUAUCACAAAAAGUCCUUAACAAUAUUAAAAUGAGUUUUCUGAGUUUAUCUUUAGAUAAGGUAACGUUUUCCUUGAGAAGUCUCAAGAAGUGCAGUUCUCAGCAUUAAUGAGGUUAAAUUCUAGAACAGCUUAGAGAACGUUUUAUAUUUCUUUCCAUAAGAUGGUGUAUCUAUGCAGUUUAUACGAAUUACAUUCUAUAUCCUUUGAGUCUAUGUGUUAGAACAAUUCUGACCUCAGAACUAUCUCUGGGCUGCAGUGUUACCAAAGCGGAAUGACUUUAUAAUGUAGCCAGCCCUCGUUUAUAUGAAGUAGCCACCUUAGAGGAACUUGGAAAACCUUUAGAAAAUAUAUAUUGUGAUUUACAUUUUAAGAAAAUACAUACUUUUUUUUUU